ACCGGUUAAAGACUUCACAGACUUCCCACACAUAACACCAUCUCUCUCUCUCUUUCUCUCUGCUCUUUUGGUCUCUGUUUUCUCUUCUCUUCUUGAUUUAUGGACAAAGGAUGGGGUCUUGCCCUUGAUUCUGAUCCUCCGAUUUCCUUAUUUUCUAACCUCAGCAACAAGCCUUCUUCUGCUCCUGUACUCGAUUCUUUAUUCAAGAUUAAGAGAAAUCUUGACGUUGCUGAUUCUGUUAAGAUGUUCCCGUUCCCUGUCAAUGUUUCCCGCCGGGAUGAUCAGGCUUCUUCGUCUUCCGCCGAUGACAACCGUGUGGUUGUUGGUGAAGUCGACUUUUUUUCUGAUAAACGAAACAGAGCUGUUGGCGAUAAUAAUAAUAAUAAUGAUAAUGAUGAUUCUAAAGCCACACGUGUCACUGUCAAGAAGGAGAAUUCUUACGGUGAAGCCGCUCCAAGGUCAAGCCUCGAUGUAAAUACUGGAUUGCACCUUCUCACUGCCAACACUGGAAGUGAUCAAUCGACGGUGGAUGAUGGGGUAUCGUCGGACGUCGUUGAUGAUAAGCGAUCAAAAAGUGAGCUUGCACAAUUGCAAGUAGAGCUCCAGAGGAUGAAUGUCGAAAAUCAAAGGUUGAGAGACAUGCUUAGUCAAGUAACCAACAAUUACAAUGCAUUACAGAUGCAUAUUGUAGCUCUGAUGCAACAAAGCCGUGGAACUGAAGCCAACCAAGAACAUGAGGUUGUUCAAGGCAAGCCCGAGGAGAAGAAACAGGAGGUGGUGCCAAGGCAAUUUUUGGAUCUUGGACGUUCAGCUGAGGCCGAUGAAAUGUCUCAUUCAUCGUCUGAUGAGAGGACCCGUUCAGCCACUCCUCAAACCAAUAUGGAAACAGCAUCCGUGAAAAAUAAUGGGAACCAGGAGAAUUCAAGUUUUAGAGAUGGCAAAAGAGUUGGCAGAGAAGACAGCCCUGAUUCUGAAUCACAAGGAUGGAAUCCUAGCAAGGUUCAAAAAUUGAAUUCUCCUCCUAGUAAGGGUAUUGAUCAAUCAACUGAGGCUACCAUGAGAAAAGCUCGUGUCUCAGUCAGAGCCCGAUCAGAAGCUCCCAUGAUCACCGAUGGAUGUCAAUGGAGAAAAUAUGGACAGAAGAUGGCCAAAGGAAACCCAUGUCCUAGAGCCUACUAUAGAUGCACCAUGGCAGUGGGUUGCCCAGUUCGCAAACAAGUCCAACGUUGUGCGGACGACAAAACAAUAUUGAUUACAACUUAUGAAGGCAACCAUAAUCACCCUUUGCCUCCAGCUGCCAUGGCAAUGGCUUCCACAACAACAGCAGCUGCAAGUAUGCUACUGUCAGGUUCAAUGUCUAGUGCAGAUGGGUUAAUGAACCCAAAUUUGCUAGCGAGAGCAAUCCUUCCAUGCUCAUCAAGUAUGGCAACGAUUUCAGCUUCAGCUCCAUUCCCAACUGUAACAUUAGACCUCACCCAUAACCCAAAUACAACACAAGUACAAAGACCUCCCACUCAUUUCCAAGUCCCUUUUCCAGGCCAACCCCAGAAUUUUGCCCCCGCCACUGCUCCACAAUUUCCACAGGUUUUUGGUCAAGCCCUUUAUAACCAAUCAAAAUUCUCUGGCCUCCAAUUGUCUCAAGAAACGGUGCCCUCGCAAUUACCCCAACAAUUGCACCCAGCACAGCAGCCCUCACUAGUUGACACAGUCAGUGCUGCGACGGCUGCCAUCACUGCGGAUCCUAACUUCACUGCAGCACUGGCGGCUGCAAUCUCCUCUAUUAUCGGUGGUGCAAACGGCAACAACACCACCAGCACUAAUGCCCACAACACAAGCAACAGAAACUAGAGGGGGGGUUCUCAUUUUUCAUCCUUUUUUUUUUUUACUGUUUCUCAGUGUCAGUUCUCUUAGUUCUUUUGUUUUUUUUGAGUGUCCAUAAUUUUUCGUUCUUGUUGGGGGGAAGACUGAGGAGGGAUUAAUUUAGAAGACAAAAUUACAUUUCUUUGUUAUUAUUUCAUUAUGAAUAACUCUGCUUCUUAUUGUUUAGAGAAUUAAUACAGGAAAAGAUAAGAACAUUUACAUUUUCA